AUGAAAGCAGAGUUAAAUGUGUCGGUCGAAGAGAGUAUAACCGAAGAGAUCAGCGAAAAGUUAUAUGAAUUCCAAAAUUCUGAAGACAUUUGUGACAACAGGACGUCCGUUGAGUGCAUAGAAUUAGAGAACGUUUACACAGAAUAUGGAAAUCUAAUGAUUUUGGCGGACAAUAAGAUCAAAAACACAACACUCGAGAAGGAUAAGACUGUUCUGAGCUUUAAGUUGAAGAAAAUCAGGGAAUUUGAGGCAAAUAUGAGACCAAUGGCUAACAAACACAGGAGACUUCGACUCAAUCUUCUCAACGAUUUUCUGGUUACUGUUGAAUACGCGAUAAAAGAGUCAACUAGCUAA